AUGAUGCACCCCGCGAGACAGGCCUUCGUCGAGGAGACAGAGGACGAUGGCAUCGACCUGGCCAACAUCCCCGUCGACCGCGACUAUGAACUCCCCCCAUCAGCAGCGGGUAUCCCCGCCGAACGAGCCUCCGCCAUCUUGUCCCAAUUCGAACGAAAACGCAGAGCAGCCGCCAUGGCCGUCCCGACAGACGACAACCGCGUGCGCGCACGGUUACGAGAGCUUGGCGAACCGAUUACGCUGUUUGGCGAACGCCCUGUCGACCGACGAGACCGAUUGCGGGAGCAUUUGACAGAUCUGGCGGACCAGCAGCAGGCCGCGGCCCUUGAGGCGGGUAUGGACAUCACAAUGGCGGAGGCGGAGGACGAGGAGGAAGAGGAAGGGGAUCAGCAGGAGGAGUUUUAUACGGAGGGAGGGGAUGCGUUGCUCGAGGCGAGGAAGGAUAUGGCAAGGUUCUCGCUGCCGCGGGCGAAGGCGCGCGUGGCACGGCAACGGGAGGAGUCGACUAUACCGCUACGGACGCAUAUUAAGCACCGCAAGGCUAUUAAGGAGAAGAUCCAGGGCUUUGAUUUGUACGGGUCGCAGAUUGCGGGAGACCGGCCGGUCGGUAUAUGUCGAUUUGCGCCGGACGGACAGACGAUUGCUACGGGAAAUUGGUCUGGCGGUAUCCGCUUGAUGAGCGUGCCCAACCUCGAAGAAAAAGGGAGUCGGAAAGGACAUACGGAUCGGGUUGGUGGUUUGUCAUGGUUUCCGGGAGCGACACUGCCUUCAUCCAAUGUGUCUGAAUCGUCGGUUAACCUGGUCUCUGGCGGAGGUGAAGGAAAUGUGGCACUGUGGUCAUUGGACCAGGAACAACCGUUGGCGACCAUGUCCGGACACUCUGGGCGUGUAUGCCGGACCGAAUUCCAUCCCUCGGGGCGAUAUGUCGCAUCUGCCUCGUACGACACGACCUGGCGACUAUGGGACGUGGAGACGACACAGGAACUACUACUACAAGAGGGCCAUUCGCGAGAAGUCUACACGGUAGCAUUCAACAACGAUGGCUCACUACUUGCCAGUGGUGGUCUCGACAGUAUCGGCCGUAUCUGGGAUCUGCGCACAGGACGGACGGUGAUGAUUCUCGAGGGCCACAUCCGGGACAUCUUCGGCCUCGACUGGGGUGUAGACGGGUACCGAGUGCUGUCCGGUUCCGCAGAUGGAUGGGUGAAGUGCUGGGAUCUGCGUCAGGUAAAGAGUACCGGGGGCAUCGGAGCACACAAGAGUAUCGUUUCGGACCUGCGAUGGUACAAGGGCGCCGAAUCCACGGGUUAUCUGCCAACGACUGAGGGCGGAAUGGAUGUCGACACUCCCACAAUGACGGUGAAGGAACCAGAACCGGUACAGCCGAAGAAGUCAGGGUCAUUCUUUGUGACGAGUGGGUUCGAUAAGAACGUCAACGUGUUCAGCGCGGAUGACUGGUCGUUGGUGAAGACGCUGAGCGGACAUGCGGGCAAUGUUCUCAGUACGGAUAUCAGCGACGAUGCGCAAUGGAUUGCUAGUUGUGGGCAUGAUCGGACGGUGAAGUUGUGGGGGAUUGAAUAG